AUGGAAAAUGAGGAAAUACAUUUUUCUGAUGUUGUGGAUACACUUUAUACAACGUUCAGUGGAGUUAUUGGCAAAGACGUUAUUGAAACUGUUGUAGAAAGUUAUGACGGUGACUUGAAUCAAUCUGCAAAUGCAUUAAUGAGUAUCAGUAGUGAUGUAAGUCCUACAAAUUUUGGACCGCCUUUGCCGACUCCAUCAGGAUUACAAAUGAAUCCACAACAUCAGAUUAACAAUAUGACUACGACAAUUGCUCCACAAAAUGGUAUACCAUAUGCACAGGUGUCUCAACAGAGACCUCCUGGCAUGCAAUUAAAUUCACCAAGCCCACUUAUUAAAGAAAGCAAAAAUAUGUCAUCAUAUCCAGAGAUUCAAGAAAUAAUUAAUCAGUAUAAUUAUGGUUGGCGUGUGCUAAUCAUUAUGAGGGGACCUCCUGGGUGUGGAAAAACACAUCUUGCUCGGGAUAUAUUGCAAUGUACUACUGGCUCAAAACAAAAACAAGAUCUUGAUAGGCACAUCUUAAGUACAGAUGAUUUCUUCAUGUCAAGGGGUGUUUAUGUAUUUGAUAAAUUUAAACUUCAAGAGGCACACUCAUGGAACCAACAAAGAGCAAGAUAUGCCACGUCACAAGGGAUUAGUCCUAUUAUAAUUGAUAAUACAAAUAUUCUUAUCUGGGAAAUGGAACCAUAUGUGAGGCUCGCAGUUGCAAAUGGAUAUGUUAUACAUGUGAUUGAUCCCAAAACACCUUGGGCAAGAAAUGCCUAUCAGCUUUUUAAAAGAAAUAAUCAUAAUGUUCCCUUGCACUCAAUAAAGAGGAUGUUAGAAAACAAACAGGAGGUUGUAAGUGGUGAAGUUUUGGUUAAGAAGCUAGGCUUACAUUAUCCUACAGAUUUUAAUCCACCUGUUCUAAGGAAAUACCCUGAUUUUAUACAACUUAUCACCUCACCAACUAUUAAUACCAACAAUGAAAGAGAAACAGUAUCUGUUGCAAUUACCAAUGUUCAACAAGAUUUUCAGACACAAAAUAAUAAAACAUAUCCAGAUGGUGUGACUCAAUCUUAUAAUGAAAGCAGCAGCUAUAAACAAGGUAUGUCAUGGAAAGAAGAUAAGGUUGAUAUUGAAAAUUCACCUCAACUAACACCAAAUGUAAAACAGUAUGAAGAAGUUCAAGUAUGUUUAGAAGAAUUUGAAAAAUUAGAAACAGCAUGGGAUAAUGGAGAAAAAUGGGAUGAGGACACUCAAAAACCAUCAACUUCUAAUCUUACUUGUUCAAGUGAACCAUUAACAGCUAGACCACCCCGAAGUAAAGAAAUACAAGAACCUAAAGAGGAAAAACCCAUUAUACCAAUAGAUUAUUUCAAUGACUGGAGAAAAUAUUUACCACCCUUAACAGACCCACAAUAUCCUGUUCCGGAAAAAAUGUCGCCAGUAAUCAUAGAAAUGAAAAGCAUUGGAACUAUCAUUGAAAAUGGAGAUAUUUAUUUUAACUCAAAUUUAAAUAGUUCAUACAAAAUUCUUACUACAAUUCCAAGAAACAUAAACACAGAUGUUAUUCAAAAACAAGAAAAGAUACCUGACAAAAGAAUGUUCGACAAAAGUACAUCUACAUACAAUGAAGAAAUAUCUAUGCAACCAUUCAGAUGUCAAAACGAAGAACAGCACUUUAAAGCUUUCCGAAGGAUGUUUAAGAAUAUAUCAAAAUCUGAUCUAAGAGACGUUUUCGAAAAUUGCUGCGGAGAUGUUAAUUGGGCUGUAGAAAUUGUUAUAGAUGGUAUGACCAAUAAACAGUUUGGGCUUGUAGAAGAAAAUAUUUCUGAUGACGAGGGUGGCACCGAAAGCCCCGAUAGAUGUGAAUGUCUUGCAGCUUAUAACAUAAUUCCUGAUAUUCGACCAGUAAACGAAAAAGUUGACACAGUAUUAAAAAAAAUUACCAAUCAAAACAUGACUAUUGCUGCAUCUCCUAGAAGAGUGCGUAAAGAAAUAACCAAAUCUGAAGUUUCUUUGAAGAUGAAGCGUCAAAUUGAAGAGAACAUUGUAAUCGGGGAAAACCAUUAUUCUGAAAGCCAUUUAAAAGUUAGGAAUUGGCGACGUGGUAAUCAUGGAAACAAAAUAGAAUCACUGAAAACUGAUACGAGUGAAAUAAAUCUUCCUAGCACUUCUGAUGCAAUUAUUAAUAUGCCACAUGAAGGGUCUGACGAUGAAGCUAGCAGUUGCGCAAGCGAUGUUGAAAAAACCGUUAAUGUUAACAUUGGAAUGGAAUUUAUUAAGGAGCUAGACAGGCUGUUUGGUAGAGAUGAUAUGAAAUAUCCAGAUAACAUUGUUCCAAAUAUAAAUGUGCCAAUGUCAAUACUGAACGAGAUUAAUGCAUUAUGGAUGGAAUCAUUGAUGCACCAACUUGAGGAAGAGAGCAAGCAAACAGAGGUCAUGAUCGAACAGGAUGCCGAGUUUGCAAGGUUAUUAGUUGCGAAGGAAGAAGAAAUGCUUUUAAGUGGCAAAGAGCCAGAUAUUCCAGAUUUUAAAGAGAUUAUGGAUAUGGAUCUUGCACUGUCCUUGUAUCAAAAGGAAGUCGCCGAAUGGCGCAAUAAAGAACCAUUAGAUUUAGCAGCGAAAAUGACAAGAGACAAAUUAUAUAAUCUGUUUCCCGAUAUUGCUCCGGAAAUAUUAUCGGAGCUUUUAAUGGCUCAUGAUAAUAAUUUUCAAAACACAGUGGAGGUCCUGUUGAUUUCAACGGGUAGGUCGGAUAUUCUCGAAGUUAAGAACGGUGUGAAUAAGUUUGUAAUGGAAAAAGAGAUGCAAAGGAAAAUGCGUUUUAUCGAGGAAAAGAAAAAGGCUCUGUCCGAAGUGGAAUGGCCGUUCUUGCCUUCGGACACAAAAUUAACAAUGGCGGACGUGAACCACUUCAGAGCUGAAGCCGCAAACCACUUGGACCUGCGACAAAAGAAUUACAACAAAGCACGCGACUACAUCAAUCGCGGAUUACUGUCUGUGGCUAGUUAUUACUCCGAGCUAAGCGCCUACCAUACUAUGCUCUAUGAACAAGCUUCUAGUAAGGCCGCUAACGCUUUGGUCCAUGUAAACUCGCGACGUAUGAAGGACAACUCUACCAUUGACUUGCACAGUAUGCGAGUGCUUGAAGCGAUAGAGUCGUUAGAUCUUUUCCUCGAUAUACACAUUCGCAAGCUGAAAGAUCUAAACGGAAGGAACGGUGUUAGGAGCCAAGUGUUGUAUCUGAUAACUGGGAGGGGAAAACAUAGCCCGGCGGGGCCGAGAAUCAAACCAGCUGUCAAGAAGCGACUGUUCGAAAGGGGUUUUUACAACUACGAGCUAAACCCAGGUCUGCUCACCGCUACUGUGACAGCGAACCACAAACUAUCCGAUGAGAUCGCCUAG